AUGUCCACCGCCCCGUCGCCGCCGUCACUGUCUCUGCACCGCCCAGCGGUGACCGCCGCCGCGAGCGCCAGAGUAGCCACCGCCGCGGCUCCGCCGAGCAACAACGCCGCUCACCUCGCCAGCCUCGACAAGCUCUUCCGCAACCGCGGCGGCGGCGCCGCCGCCGUCGAGAGCGCGGCUCCGGCCGUGGUCGCCGCCACGCAGCAGCGGAGGCAGCAGCCGCUGCUGCGGCUCCCGUCGUUCCUCACGCGGACCGGGGCGGCCAGGGGCGGCGAGGACUCGUCGUCGGCCGUGGCGGCGCCCGCGCUGUCGCCGCGCCGGCUCGAGCGCCUGCUCCAGCCCGCGGCGCCCGACGGCCCGUCGCCGCGCGGGAACAUCGCGGCAGCGUGGCGCCGCCUGCACGGCGAGGAAGGCUGGCGUGGCCUGCUGGACCCGCUGCACCCGGACCUCCGCCGCGAGAUCGUGCGCUACGGCGAGUUCGUCGACGCCGCCUACGGCGCCUUCCUGUCCCGCCCGGACGCCGAGCCGGGCCGCCGCGCGCGCGUCCCGCUCCAGGACGCGGCGUACCGCAUCACGGCGCCGCUCUUCGCCACCUCCUCCGUCGGCCUCCCCACCUGGCUCGCCGCCGCCGCGCCGUGCGCCGCGCAGCGGACGAGCCUCGUCGGCUACGUCGCGGUCUGCGACAGCCCCGCCGAGAUUCGACGGAUGGGCCGCCGCGACAUCGUCAUCGCGCUCCGUGGUACCUGCACCGUCCUCGAGUGGGCCGAGAACGUGCGCGCCGGCCUCGUCCCGGCCACCCACCAUGACUCCACCGCUGCGCCGGACACGUCCAACGCCAAGGUGGAAUGCGGCUUCUGGAACCUCUACAAGACCGCCGGCGAACGCUCCCCGAGCUUGUCGGAGAUGGUCGUGUCCGAGGUGCGGAGGCUGCUGGAGAAGUACGAGGGCGAGGAGGUGAGCAUCACGGUGACCGGGCACAGCCUAGGCGCCGCGCUGGCGGUGCUGAUCGCGGACGAGCUCGCCGGCGGCGUCGCCGGCCGCGCGAGGGCGCCCGUGGCGGUGUUCUCCUUCGGUGGCCCGCGGGUGGGCAACCGCGCGUUCGCGGCGCGCGUGGAGGCGCGGGGCGCGCGCGUGCUCCGCGUCGUGAACGCGCACGACGUCGUGCCGCGGUUCCCGCCGGGCCUCCCGCUCCCGGGCUACGCGGACGUCGGCCGCGAGCUCCGCCUCGACAGCCGCGCGUCGCCGUACCUCCGGCCGGACGCCGACGCCGCGUGCUGCCACGACCUGGAGGCGUACAUCCACCUCGUCGACGGCUUCCUCGGCUCGCAUUGCCCGUUCCGGGACAACGCCAAGCGCAGCAUCCUGCGCCUCGUCAAGAACCAGGGCGGCAACGUCAAGCAGCUGUACAUGAGCAAGGCGAAGGACAUGCGCAUCCAGCUCGACGGCGGCGGCGGCGGCGGCGCCGCCGACAUGGCCGGGUCCAUGCUCGGCUGCGUCGACAUGCCCGGCGCGGCGAGCACGGUGGUGGAGUGUGUGCACUGA